GGGGAACGGCUGAGCCAACGGCUAAGCCCACGGCUCGCCGCCGCCCCCGCCGCCGCCCGCUUUCAGCUCGGGCUGCAGACUUUGCCAGGUAGGUGGUGAUGUCAUCUCCAUUUCGAAGAUGAGGAAACUGAGGCUAAGAAAAGUGAAUGACUUGCCUAAGAAUUUUAUACCUAUUAAGUGAUGGAGCUGGACACAUUUCCAGGCCACCUCCCUCGUUCAAAUACAGCAUUUGUUGUGGCUGUCUGCCCGGCUGCCUGGCAGUCUGAUUAAAAGGACAAGUCAUUGUGUACACUCAUCAUCACUACAACAUUAUUGACAAUAGCCAAGAGGUGCAAGUCACCCUCAUGUCCAUGGCCAUGUCAGUGGAGAAAGAAAAUAUGGACCCUAGCAUCCUGAGAUAUUUUUGGAUUCAUAGCCCUUAAGAGUGACCUGGACAGAGGUCAUCAUGUCAAAGCUGAAAAGCUCAGAAUCAGUCCGGGUGGUGGUUCGCUGUCGGCCCAUGAAUGGCAAGGAAAAGGCUGCUUCAUAUGACAAGGUGGUGGAUGUGGACGUGAAGCUAGGGCAGGUGUCUGUCAAGAACCCCAAGGGAGUGGCCCAUGAAAUGCCCAAGACCUUCACUUUUGAUGCUGUCUAUGACUGGAACGCCAAACAGUUUGAACUCUAUGAUGAGACCUUCCGACCACUGGUGGACUCUGUCCUUCAGGGUUUCAAUGGGACAAUUUUUGCCUAUGGACAGACAGGGACUGGGAAAACCUACACGAUGGAAGGAGUCCGGGGUGACCCUGAAAAAAGAGGGGUCAUCCCUAACUCGUUUGAUCACAUCUUCACCCAUAUCUCUCGAUCCCAGAAUCAACAGUACUUGGUCAGGGCUUCUUACUUGGAGAUCUACCAGGAGGAGAUCCGAGACCUGCUCUCCAAGGAUCAGACCAAAAGGCUCGAGCUCAAGGAGAGGCCUGACACCGGGGUGUACGUGAAAGACCUGUCUUCCUUCGUUACCAAGAGCGUGAAGGAAAUAGAGCAUGUGAUGAAUGUGGGGAACCAGAACCGUUCUGUUGGGGCCACCAACAUGAAUGAGCACAGUUCCCGUUCACAUGCAAUUUUUGUCAUCACCAUUGAAUGCAGUGAGGUGGGCCUCGACGGUGAAAACCACAUCCGGGUUGGGAAACUGAACCUUGUAGAUCUUGCUGGCAGUGAACGGCAGGCCAAGACCGGUGCGCAAGGGGAAAGACUGAAGGAAGCAACCAAGAUCAACCUGUCCCUUUCGGCCUUGGGUAAUGUCAUUUCUGCCCUGGUGGAUGGAAAAAGCACUCAUAUUCCAUAUCGGGACUCCAAGCUUACCAGGCUCCUCCAGGAUUCUCUUGGUGGUAAUGCUAAAACUGUGAUGGUGGCCAACGUGGGACCUGCCUCUUACAAUGUAGAAGAGACCCUAACCACUCUAAGAUAUGCCAACCGUGCCAAAAACAUUAAGAACAAGCCAAGGGUCAACGAGGACCCUAAGGACGCCCUUCUUCGAGAAUUCCAGGAAGAGAUUGCUCGGCUCAAGGCCCAGUUAGAGAAACGGUCCAUUGGCAGAAGGAAGAGGCGAGAGAAGCGGAGGGGGGCUGGGGGUGGGGAAGAGGAGGAGGAGGAGGGAGAAGAGGGGGAGGAGGAAGGGGAUGACAAGGAUGAUUAUUGGCGGGAACAGCAAGAGAAACUGGAGAUCGAGAAGCGGGCCAUUGUUGAGGACCACAGCUUGGUUGCAGAGGAAAAGAAGAGGCUGCUGAAGGAGAAGGAGAAAAAGAUGGAGGAUCUGCGGCGGGAGAAGGAUGCUGCUGAGGUGCUCGGGGCCAAAAUCAAGGCCAUGGAGAGUAAGCUGCUCGUUGGAGGAAAAAAUAUAGUAGAUCAUACAAAUGAACAGCAGAAAAUCCUGGAGCAGAAACGGCAAGAAAUUGCAGAACAGAAACGUCGAGAAAGAGAAAUCCAGCAGCAGAUGGAAAGCCGAGACGAGGAGACCUUGGAACUGAAGGAGACAUACAGCUCAUUGCAGCAAGAGGUGGACAUCAAGACCAAGAAACUCAAAAAGCUCUUCUCUAAGCUUCAGGCAGUCAAGGCAGAGAUCCAUGACCUCCAAGAAGAGCAUAUCAAGGAGCGACAGGAGCUGGAGCAGACCCAGAAUGAGCUUACCAGGGAGCUGAAACUCAAGCAUCUUAUUAUAGAAAACUUCAUUCCUCUAGAAGAAAAAAGUAAAAUUAUGAAUAGAUCCUUCUUCGAUGAAGAGGAAGAUCAUUGGAAAUUACAUCCUAUAACCAGACUGGAGAACCAGCAGAUGAUGAAACGGCCAGUCUCAGCUGUGGGAUACAGGAGACCGUUGAGCCAGCACGCAAGAAUGUCCAUGAUGGUUCGUCCAGACGUUCGAUACAGGGCAGAAAACAUCAUGCUGCUGGAGCUGGACAUGCCCAGUCGGACCACCAGAGACUACGAGGGCCCUGCCAUUGCCCCCAAGGUCCAGGCCGCAUUGGAUGCGGCUCUGCAGGAUGAAGAUGAGAUACAGGUGGAUGCAUCAUCCUUUGAAAGCACUGCACAUAAGAAAACCAAGGCCAGAGAAGACAGUCAAGAUGUUAUUUUAAUGGAAGAACAAUUGCUGAGAAUCAGAGUCCCCCCCCUGAGGUGUCAUCCGUCCAUUGGCCUAAAAGUGGAAGGAAGUCGGGCUCCUCCUCCUCUUCCUCAGGAACGCCCGCAUCUCAGCUUUAUCCACAGCCUCGGGGGCUAGUUCCAAAGUAAAGCCACUUCCCCCUCUCCCAGGUUACAAACAGCCUUGCCUUCUGGGAGAAGAGACAAGCAAAAACCGGCAGAGAGGACUUGACCCCAAACUCAGAACCAUUCCCCUGGGGAGAAGCAAUGGCCUCUUUGCCGAUGAACCAACUUAAUCUGGUUGAACAUGCUGGUCGCAAGAUGGCAGUCAGCUCCUCUGGGACCUGUCCUUUAUUAGCAUCUCAGAACUGCCUGGAUAAGGUAAAGUGUGAUAGCCGGAGUGGAAAGCAAGAGAGUGACCGGUGACCUUGCUUCCCUUCUCCCUUGCCACCUCCUCUCCUUUUCCUUGCCGUCCCAUCCUCUCCCCUCUACUUUUCUAGCCUGUUCUUUAUACUGGGCUCCCUUCUUGUUGAACAACAAUAGGGCAAAAUCAGGAGUCACCUCAGCAGACCAAGUCUUUGGAGCCUCAGGAUAAAGUGGCAAUGAGUCUGAAAAGCGAAAGUCCUAGAACUUGAGCAGGUGCUCGUUCUUGUAGGUAGAAAAUGAGAAAUCUCAUCUGGAGCCAAGCCUCUGAGGGGCACGGUUCAUGCCCCUCAGUAAGAAGUGGAUCUGCCUUUGGGAUCUGCUGGAGGAGCAGAUAUUUUCCAAGGAAGCUGCCAACUUCUGCUCCAGAAGGAUUCCAUGUCAGAAGCAAUAGAAGUAACACUUCCUCUGCCUCCUUGGAGAGUUUAGGGAAACAGCUUCUUUAAAACCUCAAAACCAUGACCAUCUUAUCCAAGACGUGAAUCUGUAACCUGAUGCCAUGUCCAUAUGCCGCGUCACUUUGCUCUUUAUUGGUCACCAUCUAUUCCCAUGCACAGUCUCUGAGCGAACCUGCCUGGGCCCAUCCUCUGCCUCUAGAGCAUGCUCUGCAGUGGGCCUGUAUUUUGGGGAAAGGGAGGCUGUCUCUGCCUUCUCUGAUGGAACCAGGGCUGGGGGGAUGAGACACAGAGUGGCACUUCUGCAUCCCCCAUUUUGUUUCAUCCUUGCAUAGAGAGCAUUGGGGUGACGAGGUAGGUGCCAGGAUGGAGUCAUGAGGCUCUGUGCAGUGGCGAAGGAAGACAGGACAGCUGGAGGCAGAGGAAUCCUGCCUGCCUCCAGCAGGAAACUCACCUAAUCCUAGGACUGGGGCUCCCCCGAGGCAGAGCCCGGGACGGUAGCAAGGCAUGGCCGUGUGAUGGAAUAGUUCAGAGGAGUUAGGAGUUCCUGUUUACAUAUACUGGUUUGGUUUGUAAGUUUUAGUUCUCUGUAUUAUUGAAAUUCAAAAUUUGGCUUUAUGUUGGUCAUUAGGUGGAUGUUACUCAUUUCCCCCCAUGAGAAGCUCAUAAGUGUGUGUGGGUGUGCAAGCACAGUGGUGCCUAUGUUCUUUGAAUGUGUCGUGUGUGUCUGUAAGAGAGAGAGAGACCAAGAACUUGCCCGACUUUAGAAAUACACUAACGUGCAGUUGUUGCCUUUGUCUGUAUUAAAGGCCCGCUGAAUGACUAAUCCAGGCUGGAAGCUCCCACGUGGGUGUCUGAGUCCACGAGCCAAGCCUGAGGGGACAAUAUGUGUCCCUAGUCGGCCACACCGGCGCACCUUGCUGGCACCGUGCCUCGGGAAGGUGGCGACUCAGUGGGCCUUGAGUUAUAUUUUAACUCAGCUGCUCAGUUCCCAGGGCACAUUUCUGGAUCAGAACCCGUGGGAAAGAGGAGGUACCGAGUGCAAUGUCUUAGUGUCCUGCAAAUGGAGAUCUGUCAUCUACCAGCUUAUCCCCUGUUUAGUAACCAUUCUUUCUGAACCCAGGGCCCUUUUCAGCAAUUCCCGGAGCAUAAUGGAGGCAUCCCUCAUCUUUCUUGGGAUCAAACUCUGUUCUUUAUUAUUUACUAAGAGUGUCCCUGUUUGAACAGGAACCAAAUGAUGGGGUGGGUAGCCUAAGAUGGUGACCUGCUGGUUACACCUGUCUCUUGCACUACAUUUCCUUGAAGCUGAUCUGAAUUCUGUAGGCUGAACAUUUCCAUCAAGGAAAUCUGAGAAUUAAAAAUUGCAGAUAACCCUGUAGCUGAGUACUGAUGUCUCAAGGUGACUUUUCUGACCAUGGUUGGUUGAAUGACCAUGGAACUUUUCUAAGAAGGCAAAAGAAGUAAGCCGAGUUGACAGGCGGGGUCAUGAAAACAGGCCUGCCUUGUACUCAGCUGCGUUCAUCUGGUGGUCUUUGAAAUGAAGUAGAAGAACGCCUGGCUGGAGGUUGAGUCUCCGGUGCUUUUCUUCUCUCAAAGUGGAUCCGAUAAAUAUUCAAAUAGAGUAGAGUGUCCUGCUGCCUGCCACUAGGAAGCUGCUGCUUUGGGCUCUGAAUUGAGCCAAAGGUGUAGACCUACCAAGAUGACUGAGGGACCAGGUUUUUACUGUCUGUAGUCAUGCUAGAAUGUUUCAAGCCUUCUGAGGGCCUUCACGUCAGCAGCAACGUAUGAAAUCUGGCAGCGAGGCCCCAGGAUCUAAUAAUCUCAUCCGAGAGAAGGAGUUUGAGACAAACGUGCAACCGCCCACAGGAAUGUAUCUGGUUUCAGAUUUCAAAUCCCAUGUCUCCCAGGCCCCUGGAUUCAGAACUCAAGGCCACAAAUCAUAGGCAUGAAGCACUUUCUUAAGACUCCGCCCUAACGUUGGAUGGCUCCCCGUCGAAUGCCUGCAUGCUGCUUGAAAGGCACCACCCGCAUCUCCGCGACCACGGGCGUCAAGAGAGUUGCUCAGCUCCGGCACGGGCCACGCUCUGCCUCUCCUGUGUGACUCUUAGAAGUGCCCCUUCACUGAAUGUAGAAUCGUUGCCAAGUUUGUGAGAAGUGUCCAUUCCCUGUCAACGUGGGGAUAUCAGUCCAGCCUCACAUUUCCCACUGGAGGUUGAGGCUCAGCGCGAACACCACCUUGGGCCAUCUCAGCACCAUCAGUGGACGAAAAUGGGGCUAUUAAUACACUCUAAAAGCCAUAAUCAUAAUGCUCAGAAGGACCUGGAUAAGAACAGCGGGCCUGGCUACUGUUGUCGUACAAGGUUGUGUCUUGUACUGUUUGGAAAUCUGUCCUGCCUCCUCCCUGCCCUCGCUUCUUGAAUGAAAUGCUUCUGAGGUUAUUUAUGAAAGACGUGAUCCUGGGGCAGGCAGGAGGCAGUGGGCUUUAUGGCUCCUUGGAGUUACUAUUGAUCUUGACCUUCUCUUUGGCUACCUUUAGACAAAGAAUAUGCCAAUACUUGGGGCUCUGAGUUUUAUAGUCAAUAUUUAUUUGUAUCAUCUCUUUGUCUAGGAAUGUAAAAGUGACUCUAAACUAAGAUGUGUAAUAAAAAUCAGAUUUAUUGUACCUCCA